UCGCUGCGCACUCUGAGAGGCGCCGUCUCGCGUUGCAUGCUGGGAGUGGUAGUUCCCGGAGGCGGGAAGGGAAAAUGGCGGCACCGCCUCAGCAGCAGCAACAGCCACUGGCUCAGGCUCCGGCUCAGGGGGCGCCUCCCGCCGCCCCUGGGGUGCCUGCCGGGCAACAGCCGCCGGCCCAAGUCGCAGCAGCAGCUGGGGCCCCUCAACUGCAGGCCUCAUCCGGGCUCCAGGUGGCCGCGCAGGCGCAGGACUUCGACCCGGUCCAGCGAUUCCGCCUCUUGCUGCCGCAGCUCAAGGAGAGCCUGCAGAACCUGAUGAAAGUGGCCGCUCAGAACUUCGUUCAGAACACAAACAUCGACAGUGGACAGAAAAGUACGGAUGGGCCAGUGCAGCGAGUAGACAAGACCCUGGAGGAGUUCUAUGCCUUGUGUGACCAGCUGGAGCUGUGCCUGCGCCUGGCCUACGAAUGCCUCUCGCAGAGUUUCGACAGCGCCAAGCACUCCCCGACGCUCGUGCCGACGGCCACCAAGCCAGAUGCUGUCCAGGCGGAGAGCCUGCCCUACACCCAGUACCUCAGCAUGAUCAAGUCCCAAAUCUCUUGCGCCAAGGACAUCCACAAUGCCCUCCUGGAGUGCUCCAACAAGAUCACUGGCAAGGUGCCCUCCCAGGGCGUCUUGUAGCCUGCGGCUUGCUCAGACGUUCCUGGCUUGCCGAAUGGACUUGCACAUCUGGCUCCAUUCGAUCCAUAAUAAUUGUGUGAACUGCAGCUCAUGAGUUUCUCCUGGAGCCAGAUGGCUCAUCCCCUCUGCUGCACGGGCACCUCUUAAAGGGAACAGCGUUUGAGGGCAGUCCCGUGCCAUGAGCCCAAAACCUCAGCCUCUGCCCAUGUUCAGGAGGAAGACACGUACCGACUUCCAAACUGUGCAGCUUGCUCCAGCCAGGGUGUGGGGAGCAGGGCUUCCUUGCACGGUCGCUUUUUCUUUUCCCAGGGUGGGUGAGAGAGCACAAUAGCCUGCAUGUUUUGAUUAUCAAAUGCAGAUUCCUGACUUUGGAUCUUUCUGAACCAUUGCAAGGCAUUAAGUAGAAAUUAUCCCAAGGUUAAUUAAAUCUGUUCCUGGGCUUCGGCCCCGCCUCCUUCCUUGCUACUGUCAAGUUUCCUCUCCUGUUCAGAGAUUGUAGGAGAUGCUUCUCGCUUGGCGCAAGAAACAAAAUCGAAGCAACUGUUUUUAAGAGCUCAAAGCAGGUUGCAGCGUCAACCCACAAAAUAGAAAUUUGUUGGCGGGGGGGGGGGGGGGUUCGUUUGUAUAGCACACCAUCUUCAUUUCUCCUUCAGGUGGUGCUGUGGGUGUGGGUGUGGGUGUGGGUGUGGGUGUGUGACUCUGCAUUACGUGUCGGUUUCAUUUUGUGUGAGCCCCUGAGUUGGAGGUCUGGCCCGGCAGGGAGCCCCCGGAAGGAAGUGUGUCACGGCGCAAGCACUCUGACACAGCCCCCGUUGUUUGCUUCUCCUGUUGUGCAAGUCUUCGCAGUAGUGACGGGCUUUGCUUCCUUUCGCAGGGUGUCUGUCUGUUGUCUGCCUUUUACUUUUAAGAGCUGGAAGUCUGUUGCUGGUCUCUUUGGUCCGCAGGCUGUGAAGGUCUGUGGGCCUUGUACGUGGUUUCAGUGAACAGGAAAGAGAGUGUUGCUUUGUUUUCUACUCCCUCUCUCCCAAAUAAAAUUUUAAAAACCCUU